AGAUCUCGUGCAGUAGCAGUUAGUGCGGCUUCUGACUUUUUUGGUGUCUUUACCUUAAAGCAGCCAUCAAUACUGCAGUCACAGAUGGCAUAUAAUCAGCUAGAUCCCAUAGCAGAGGUAUGUGCACAGUUGCUGUUCCUUGCAGUAUAUACGAGGCUGGAGUAUAACAUCUAUAGGAACGCUUCUUUCGUGUUGAUGGCGACAUUAUAUUUAUGGAGUUUCUAUACCCAAGACCUGAGGAUAACGGCAAGAUUCUUCUCCUUCUCUUAGUUGCUCAGGAUCAAAUUACCCAUGCGAUAUGUUAUGAAUGGGAAGCGAAUGAAUAUCUUCGCCAAGCUUCUCCCAUAGUAACCAAGAGACUAUUACCAUUUGAGGACAGGCUGCCUACAAUGCUAAUCCCGCUGACCAAAACGUCCUCUUUCAUGCUUGUUACAACUACUACAAUGGCAGUAUACAAGAACAGGCUAGACCCUCGGCGGCAACCCAGCAGGUAUCCUCUUUGUGUUCCCGAUCAAGAGUCACGAAGGUCUCCACUGUGGACUCGAUGGGCAAGGCCGUUGCGCAAUUGGCUAUACAACCAAAAGCACGACGACAUCUACCUUUGUCGUGAGGACGGACGAAUUUCUUACUUGGGAAUUGGUCAUGAAGGCGAAGUCGAAAACCAGGCGCAUCUAGGACGACUUUGUUGUGACGUCGAUGCUGCAUUCGAUAUUUUAGACUUUGAUCAUGAAGGCGGUGACCUGAUUCUCGCCGCAGGCAACACUGGGGAUGGUGGUCUAUUCAUUCAAAAAGCUCGGGAUCAUCCUAGAUGUGUCCAGAAAUUCAUGAGCUGGACUCCUGUCACAGACUCUGUAAUUGUGAAGUCGCUUAAUCAGUCAUCCCCAUUGUCUGAAGACGUCGCGAGCGAUCGACUGUUUGUUUGCACUGCUUCCUCCUUCGCACAAGGCGCAAUCGUUGAGCUACGACAUGGGAUUGAGGCACAGAUAGGCUUGGUUGUUUCUUUGGAAGAACUGUCGAGCACACGAGACAUAUGGACAAUGUCGACUGGCACAAACGACGGUGUUAUCGUGCUAACUUCCGACCCUGUGUCUUCAUUGCUUCUCGACUUGCCCGCUGAUUUUGAUGACGAGAUAUGUGCUAUCGACGAGGCGGAUUCCGGCUUGGACUGCGGCUCUCAAACAUUAGCAGCAGGAUGCACUGACUCGGGUGUUAUUGUUCAAGUGACGGACAAGGCCAUUCAUCUGGGAGCAACCACGGAAUCGAUACUGAGUUCUCGUUUUGAGUAUGGCCAUGACCAGAAUAUCAUAGUCGCUGCCAUAGACAGCCCUGCAUCUCUCAUUGUCGCCGCGGUACGCGACCAAUAUGGGCUACGCCUUCAUGUUAAAAGGCUAACCCCAUCUGGUGGUCAACUCAAUUUAUCUGAUGUGAGUGAUCCACUAAGUAUUAAUUUUGAGCCCGUUUGUAUCUCUGUCGAAACCUUUGACUUAGGCUCUCUCAUAUUCGUGGGUUCCGACAAUGGGAAAAUUUUCCUCUACAACAUAGAUGGAGAAUCCAUAACGUUCGUGUCCGAAAGACCUCUGGACAUUGCAUAUAGUGAGGACAUCUCAAAGGCGAUUGACAGCGUUGCGAUUGUGCACAAGGCAGAGGAGGGGUCGCUGAAGAGAUUCGUUUUACUCUGCGGCCUACGAAGUGGUAUCCUGGUGCCUUUUGGCGUGACAUUAAAUACUGUAAAUACAGUAGCUUCUAUUAUGAUGAAACAGGCGAUCCCACAAAGAUUAGGACAGACUUCUCUUAAAGUGCAGAGCCAAGGAAACCUUACAUUGUUGACAUGCGGACAAGGGUUUUGGCAGUUAUUGUGCGCUUAUGGCGGUGUGAUGCCGGACUGUACUCUUCAGAGGAUUUGGAUUACGGACCAGAAUAAUCCUGCCUACCACCCAAGAACUAUUUACAGCUUUUCCCUCGCCAAAUUUGUUAAUUCAGACUUGGAAGGUCUCCCCCAGACCCUUUUCUGCAUCGCAGACGGACAACUCAUGGUGUGCACUUUGCAGCGAGAAGAGAAAACGGUCCCAAGGAGAAUAGGUUUGCCAGGUAGCGCUACUAAGCUCGCUUAUUCUCAUUACCUAAAGAGCUUGGUUGUAGCAUACAGCCGAACGGGAUUUGACACUGAGGCGGAUCCUAUCAAGCGCUUUACUCGGUCAUACAUUGAAUUCGUUGACCCGGAUUCGCAGCAAGCAAUCUGCAGUCCUCUCGAUACCCCUGGAGAUGAGUCCAACCCCUGGAGGCCGCAUGGGGCCGCUGGUGAGAAAAUCAGUUGCAUUUUGGAGUGGACGCCCAAGAAAGGCGAUGAAGAAUAUCACUUCAUUGUUAUAGGCACAGCCCGUAGAAAUCAGCAGGAACGCGGCCGAGUUAUCUUUCUACAAACGUCAAGGUCAUCAUCAGAUCCUUCGCAAAUUGAAUGCAGCGUGAAAUACGUUCACAAGUUUGAGGGUCCUGUUUAUUCUAUCGCCCCAUAUGGCAAUUUUACCCUAAUGGUUUCGACUGGGCAUGAAAUAGUACCCUUGGAGCCCAAAUUUUCCCAGACAAGAUGGCUUCGGGCAGCAAGGUACCCCGUACUUUCUCCCGCAGUUUCGAUGAGCUCCCAUGAGCCCUACCUAUACAUCUCGACUUCAAGGGAGUCUCUUAUGAUCCUCAAUGCAUCUGAUGAAAAUCUAGUGCUCCAUGCUUACGAUCGACAGAAGCACGACGGACUCUCCCAUGUCCAUAUUGGAGGGGAGAUGCAGCUCACACUUGCCUCCAGCCGAGGUGGUCGGGUCAGCCUAUUAACUGAGAGAGGAGUCACUGAGAACGAUAAGAUGAUGCCCGUAGCACUGUGCGAGGCACAUCUUUCCUCUUCUGUAACGAAACUCAGCCCGGGUACCCGGCACUCCUCCGUACCCACUGAUUCCCAGGUCAUCUAUGGCACAGCCAUGAAUGGCACAGUGUACCGCUUUUUAACAGUGGAGGAUAAGGAAUGGCGUUUGCUGCGAUUUCUGCAGAACCUGUGCAUCCGCGACGCGAUCAUAUGCCCUUUUACACCAAAGAGAAAACGGCAGCGGAAUCCCUCAGGAAACGAGUCCCGUGAGUUCCAGCCCUCGCAGAUGCACAUCGACGGAGACAUCCUCAGUCGCUUACUGAUCCGGGGCUCGGGUUACCUUAUGUAUAUGCUCGUAACGGAAGAGUUUUACAACCCCUCUACUCCCGAAUCUGGCUCGCCGCAAGCCAUUUAUGAACGAUUUUUGGAAUUGUCGAAGGAUCUUCUUGGGGAAACCGAGAACCCUGUUGAAGGCGUAAUGAAGUGGCUCAAACGAACCUUGCAUGUGGGGUUUUAGAUAGAAUUGAGUUUAUCAUGUAUAUUGAAUAAAUU